CCGAUCUCUUCCCUCUCCUCUUGCUAAUUAAGUGUAUCCCGUUGUUUAGCUAAACAAAAUGCCAUCAAGAAACCAAACCCAAGCUAAAGAUGCACGCUAGCGAAAUUCCAAAAACAAGAAACCAAAUUGCUUUACCGUUUCCCUCCCUCUCUCUCUCUCUCUCUAGAACACCGAGCGAGAAGGAAUAGAUAACUUUCUUCUUUUCUUUUGCAGCGAUCCUGUCUUUCUUUGAUGGCUGCCUGCCAUUGUUUAGACCUUCUAUAGUGUGUUGUUUUUGGAGAAGUGGAGAAAAGUGAAAAAUGCAGAAGCGAAGAUGGAGGGUAGUGGUGGUUUUGCGGAAGGUGCUAACGUGCGCCAUUUGCGCAAUAACGAUGAUGGCGCUGCUCUCUGUACACGUGCAGGUAUUCCCUUCCUCCAGAGUUCCUGACUUACCUGAACCUUACAAGCUUCCCACUACUACCACUCAGCAGCCUCAUGUCAAUAAAUACUCAAGAUUGAGCUCUGUGCAAGAACAAAGCUGGAGCCGUGAGCAAACUCCGCCCCAUUUGUCCAAACCACCUCUUCCUUCUCAUAAGGUGAAUUGGGAUUCCAAGCUAUGGAAGCCUCCACCAUCUCGUGAUUAUUGGCCAUGUAUAGAGCGUAGUUCUAACUAUACAUUUUCUGGAGAGUCAAAAGGUUACCUUCUUGUUCAUACAAAUGGUGGGCUCAACCAGAUGCGAGCUGGGAUUUGUGACAUGGUAGCUGUUGCCCGAAUAAUAAAUGCUACUCUUGUUAUUCCGGAAUUGGAUAAAAGGUCAUUUUGGCAAGACACCAGCAUCUUUUCGGAUGUUUUUAACGAAGACCAUUUUAUCAAUGCUUUAGCCAAUGACGUAAAAGUCAUAAAAAAGCUUCCCAAGGAAAUGGCUAGUGCUCCCAAAAUAGUUAAGCAUUUUAGGAGUUGGUCUGGUAUGGGCUACUACCAAGGGGAGAUAGCAAGCUUGUGGGAUGAAUAUCAGGUUAUUCGAGCUGCUAAGUCUGACUCUCGCCUGGCUAACAACAAUCUCCCUCCAGAUAUUCAGAAGCUGCGUUGCCGUGCUUGUUAUGAAGCCCUCCGAUUUUCAUCUCGAAUUGAAGAAAUCGGAAAAAUAUUGGUGGAUAGAAUGAGGUCAUAUGGUCCAUACAUUGCAUUACAUUUGCGAUAUGAAAAGGACAUGCUUGCCUUUAGUGGAUGCACACAUGGUCUAUCUAGUGCUGAAGCUGAUGAGUUAAAGAAGAUCAGAGAAGAAACUGCAUACUGGAAAGUAAAGGAGAUUGAUUCUAGGGAGCAAAGAUCCAAAGGUUAUUGCCCUCUAACUCCAAAGGAGGUUGCUAUGUUUCUAAUUGCACUUGGAUACCCCUCAAACACCCCCAUAUACAUUGCGGCAGGAGAGAUAUAUGGAGGUGAUUCUCGGAUGGCUGAUCUUCUAUCCCGCUAUCCCAUUUUAAUGAGUAAGGAAAAAUUGGCAUCCGUUGAGGAGCUGGAACCAUUUGCUAAUCAUGCAUCUCAAAUGGCUGCGCUUGACUAUAUUGUGUCCAUUGAAAGUGAUGUGUUUGUUCCAUCAUAUUCUGGAAACAUGGCAAGGGCAGUGGAAGGUCACCGUCGUUUUUUUGGACAUAGAAAAACAAUUUCUCCGGAUAGGAAACAACUAGUUCCUUUGUUUGACAAAAUUGAAAGGGGAAAACUGAAAGAAGGUGAAAAUUUAUCAAGGAAGAUAAUUGAAAUCCACAAAAGAAGGCAAGGAUCCCCAAGAAGGAGAAAAGGUCCCAUCUCGGGAACAAAGGGCAUGGAUAGGUUUCGUUCUGAAGAAGCCUUUUAUGUAAAUCCCUUGCCAGAUUGUUUGUGUCAGAGGCAAUCACCAAAUCUGAACACUUCUCUUGUGAUCAAGUAGUCAGUAUGCAGAAUAAAAACUCCCUUGGGAAAAAAAAAAAUCUCCUGUGAUGGCAGGACACUGACGAUUUCACAAGUGGGUGUCUGCAGAAGCUCUGCAAUGCAAACUGGUUGUGCCAUUACAAGAUAAGGGAUGCGGAUUCUGUACAUCUUGAGUUUAGAUAAGAGUGAUGAAAUGGAGAUGUUGAUGAAGAUGAUAUCAGAGUUGGCUGCCAGGAAGAUGGGAGGAAUAACUGAAAGCAGGUGUUUCCCUUCUAUUAGCAAGUGCUUGGACAUACUGGCAAAAGAGAUUCUUAUUGGCACUCACUAGGUUUAUGAUCCUUAGUGUUGCUGCUAAUGACGUUUCUUCUUCUCUCUCUAUCUUUUUUUUCUUCCAAUUUUUAACGUAUUUAUUCUAUUCGUAGUCAUUCAAUGCAAUAAAAUGAAAUAAUUACUUCAAA